AUGCCUCCAAAGCGCAGUGCGCGCAGUGAGAAAGCACCUCCGAAACCGCGGGCCGUAGGGCCGAAGACCAGGGCGGCCAAGGCCAAGGACGAGUCGUCCGCGCUGAUGGAGGCCACGAAGGCGGCCGAGGAGGUGGUGCGCUCUCGUAGCAGCACGCCGGAGAGUGGCCGUCAGGCCGGGGCUCGGAGCAAGUCUCCUGACGCCGCGCAAGGCAAGGAGGAGAGUCCUCGGGGCCAUAAAAGCCCGACUCGCGACUGGGAAGCCGCCGUCUUUGACUGCACGAUGGUCCAGUACUCCGGUGAGAGUUCACCCGACGACGAGAACGUCUCGGAGGGCAGCACGCACGCUGCCGAAGGCACGGAGCUGGCGGAAGGCGACAUGACCAACGCCUCGGCCGAUGCAAAGGCCUCGUCAGAGAAGGAGGCGGAGGACGCCGAGUCCGACUCAGGCGACAGCAAGCAGUCGCACGACGAAGUCGCCAUGGUCGACGCUGGGGUCGUGGCCGAGAAGUCGCCGAGCGACGCGGGCUCCAAGCCCAAGGAGGUGCUGGCAUCCAAGCAUCUGACGCUGGCACAAGGUCGUGAGCGUGCCCAAGCGUCGAAAGCGGCUGCCGCUGCGAAGGCCGCCGAGGCCAAGGCGAAGAAGCGUUCAGCUUCCAGGUCGCCUCGCGGCUCCACCUCCAAGCUGUUCAUCGACUCGGAGUCUGAGGACGAGGAGGGUGCCGUCCACGAUCCCAAGGAGCUCUCCAACAACCUCGACGAGCAGCAGCAGCAAUACCACGCUGCUAGCUCGGGUGCGUAUGCCAGGCAGCCGACUGCCACGACUGCCAUCGAGUCUUCUUCAGGCGGGGAUGCCACGUACCCGCAGGGCUACUUCCCGCCCGAGCCUGGCACUGGUGCGCCAGCGCUGUUGGAGAAGCUCUCGGCUCCUCGUGGCCUUAUCGGCGGGUACACCUUGAGGGCACCACACAAGCUCACACUGAAGGAGUUCACCACGCUUCGCAAGAAGCCGGAGGACAAGGGUGGACUCCAUCCUGUGUGGGGUUUCCACUGGGCCAAGCCGAAUGACAACAUGACCUGGAGCGAGGUGGAAGACCUCUUCUGGCGCUACGUGCGCGAGCUCCGCAUCGAGUUCGCUCAACACGUGAGCAAGCGCAAGCUUCACUCGAAGAUGGACGAGCUGAAGCAAGAGGCGAGAGCCAAAGCUCGUGAAGAGCGUGGGCGUGGUGCGGCUACGUCUGCUACCGUGCCCCGGGUACCGGCCAAGAAGCCAAGGACUACUUACGAAGCUGCCGCUGCUUCUCGUCCUAUAUCGCAACAGCCUUCGGGUAGUCUGCCUGGAGCUGCUCAACGGGCUCCCACGAGUUAUCCGACUCAGGGUAACCCCUCCACUUCACGAGCAGCUGGCGCUUGCCAUGGAGCCGCCGCUCCCGGACGGCUCGUUCCACGUGGUAGUGGAUCUGCCCAUUACGAUCAAGGAGGGCCGGCGGUGGCCUCGCACGGCCAUGGCUACGAGCCUGAGGCGACGCAGCCGUAUGUUGGGGCCCCGAGUCAGGUGGUGGCCCUGCAGCAAGAGGAGAUUCGUCUACUCCGGGACCGUGUGUACGUCCUCGAGAUCGCGCUUGGCGUCGGCCUUGGUGGUGAGGCUGCCGCUCGUGCUGGUCAGCCUGGUGCCGUGGAGCAGCUCCGUGAGGAUGUUGCCUCGCUCUAUCAAGAAACUCGCAGUCUCCAUGGCCGUGUGGAUCGUCGAGCCGACCUGUCGUCUUACGACUCGCUGCGAAACCAGCUCGCUGGCCUUCGGGCCGAGCUUCAUGGCCACGUGCCGUAUCCGGAGCAGCAGCAGCCCCACUCGUAUCAGGCCCAGUUUGGCCAGGGCUCGUACGGGGCCCCUGCGUAUUCUGCUCCGAUGUACGCCGCGCCGUCUUACGACCAGCGCGCGUAUCAGGCGCCUUACCGCGACCCGACGCCGCGCUUCGAGGAGCUGCGCUCUUCUCCACCGGGCCACCCACCGCUUCCUGCGGGGCAGCCAGAGCCAGAGGGUCAUGGUUCCUCUUAA